AUGAGUGAUAGGGGAGGCCGCCGGUGCGCCAUUCUACCAGCCAGUAUGUCUGCAGAGCGGCAAAUCGUCUCCACCGUCCGAGGUCUUCUCGACGGCCAUCGCGUCGCCACCGUCGCCGUCGUUUCCGUCGACGACCAAGCUGCGUGAGUGCUUUUCGCGACGGAGCACCAUUUCUAGGGAAAUUACUCUUUGAUUAAUUUCAGACGAAUGAGAAAUUAGAAGUCAAAAUCAAAAGCUUGGCCAAAAUUCAGAAAGUUGACAAGAAGAUCAGGUCAUUCUGAGGAUUUUUGAGACUGAUUCAGCUUUUUUGAUGUGAGACGCCAGAAAAUGAUAAACUUUCAGCUGUAUUUCUCAAAAAAGAAAUAAAUAAUUUCCCACCUCCCUCAAGUCCCGAAGUUUCUUGAAAACCCAAAAAUUCGAAGCGUUUUAAUUAACUUAUUUUUGAUUCUUCUUUCAUGAAAAAUCUUAUACUAUUUAUAUUUUUUUCGAGAUUCUCACCCAACUUUCCAUCGUUUUUUUAUGAACUUUCGAGAUUUUUGGAAGUUUGGGUGAAAUGAUUUCCCCAUCAAACGAUUUUUUUGAUCUCCAACGCGGAAAUUUUUUUCCCAGAGAUUCAAAAAUUUUUUUGACCUAUUGGUUUAUUUCCCUUCAUGAACACGGAAUAAUAAAACUUUUUAAAAAAAUAAACUUUUUUUCCAAAUUAAAAAUUUUUUUAUUGCCGAAGUUCAGUCAGUAGCUUCUUGAUAAGGUCAUCGUUGAGAAUGGUUUGUGAUUUCUCAUUUGAAAAGGACAGAUGGGCGUGGAAAAUCACACGGAAUGGGAAGAGCCAACAUCAAAAGCUGAAGAUUUCGAAAGCAUUUUCUUCAGAUUAUAAUCAAAAAUUCAUUCACGAGCAACUCACUUCCGCCAGACUUCAGGAAGAAAUUCGUUGAGGCUUUGGGAGAAGACGUCAACGUGUCGACGCACAACGACGUCGAGCAGCUCGCCGGUCUGUCGGACCUCGACAUCCUCAUCGCCAACAAGGCCCUUUCCAAGGUACUUCCCCAAUCAAUUGCGAAAGUUUUCUUGCAUCAUCGAUACGAGAAAAUGUCGUACUUUGCAAUUUCGGAGUGUUACGAGACAGAAAAAUCGUUCGAUCAAAGGGGGAAAUGACCGAUUUGAUUUGACCAAAGGACGUUUUCAGAUCGCAAAAAAAGGCCGCAACAUGCCAUUGUUAUCAAUUGAUCGUCUCUCUGAAAAUGAAUCAAGUUUCUUAUCGAUAAGGCAAUUUUUUGUUGAUUAUUACGUUGUGGCGCGUGCCGAAAAGAAAGUUUUUGGAAACAAUUUUUGGAAAAAAAAAGUAUGGAGCCUUGCACUCGAAACUGAUUUCUAAUGAAGUUGCUCACCAUGAAUAAAAAAAAUUGCGCCAAAUUUCGAAACAUUCAAACAGAAACUAGCUGUAGGAAAACGUGUCCCAAAACUCUAAAUUAAAAUUUAGAACAUAUUCAUAGUAGGUUUAAAAAGAUUAUCAGGAAUACCUUAAACUUAUUGCAACAAGAAACUCUAAAUCUUCAUAUUCGCCAAAAAAAAACAUUUGUUUUAAUCCGUGUAGAGUUCUGAGCCAACCUGGAAAGCUCUCAUUUUUUUCACGGUCAAAUCUGUUUGAAAUUGAGCACCAUCUGCCGUGCAGAAAUAUGCAGCUCAAGGGACUGUUUGUGACAUCAACAGGAGUUAAGAACUUGACAAGCCCUGAAUAUUCCACAGAUCAACCCGAAAAGCUUUCAUUUCUAAAGCUUUUCAGAAUGUCAAUCAUCCGGAAAAGCUGGAUGAAUUCGUGAAGAGCGCCUUGAAGGCGGUCCGAUUCGGUGGCGUCGUCAUCGUUCGAGAAGAUCUCAGUGAGUUUCAGUUUGAAAUUAAAGUUUGAGAAACGGAAAAAAAAGUGGAAAACAAUUGAAGUGGAACAGAAGAUCAAUAUUUAUUUUCGUUUUCAUUUUUUCAGCUUUACGUAAAACAAGAUACAUUUUUGUUAUGAAUUUUCUGGCUUCGCAAUUUUUUGCACAAGGUGCACCACUAGACGAAAUUAACACUCGACUUUUUAUAAAAAGAAAAACGAAGAGCUCGAAAUGGAAAGCAGAAGUUUCAAUCAAAAAAGAAACUCGAGUCUUGCAGAGGAUGCGCAAGACGGCAAGCAGGUCGCCCGUCUGACUGACUAUUUCGACGUUUUUCGAGUCGCCGUCGACGGCAAAAACACGGGCCUCGAGCUGUACGCCGUCGAGGAAGUCGAGGACUCCCUCUACGUCAGUUUUCCGGGAGAAAAAAUCGAGAAUCAUGAGUUGUGUAGCCACGAAUUCAUGUAUAGUCUGUUCAGAUUUUGAAUGUCAAGUGCAAUGACGUCGUUCAAAAACACUCUGUGGAUGGCUCGCUCUCUGAUUGGUUUAUUGCACCAUUAUGGGCGGAGCUUCAGCGGCGACUUGACAUUUAAAAUCUGAACAGACUAUACAGAAAAAAGGAUGUCUUUCGAGCUGCUUUUUCAAUAAUUUCAGUUCAAUUUGCUGUGUUGAAUUUCUGAUUUUUCGAAAAGCGCAGAGGUUCUGAAUAGCCUGAAACAAGAUUUUCGCUUCAAACCUUCCAUGAAACUCGUUUAUGCUUUUCCCCAAACAGAAGUUUUCAAGCUUACGGAUUUUCAUGACAUAACUUCAAUUUUUUUCUGUUAUUAUCUACCGUUUUAAUUCUUGUCGUCGUUUUAACAUCUGAAUGAUAUAUUUAUCUUGGUUGGGCAAAGAUUUUGAACCCUUGGAGUGUGAGGCCGGGCCACCGCAAAGAAGAACCAAAAAUAUUCUCAGGCUCACCAAAACUGGCUCGACUUCUACUGGUCAUUCACCAAGAAAGAGUUCCCACAGACGACCGGUGAAAAUGUCACUUUCAGGUUGUAUCUUUCUCGAAACAUAUUUGAAAAUCGCGUAUUCCAGAGACUUCCUUGACAAGACCCAGUACACCGACACGGGCAUUUACGCCUACGAGUGGAUUUUUGGCGACAACUUCAUCUCUCCUGGUUUUGGAAAAUGUAGAUUUUCAGAAUGAGAACUCCUACUUUACAGGAGGCUACGAAGAGAAUUUGAAGGUGAUCAAGCGAUUCGGAGACUUGCGUGCCGGACAAACGAUGCUGGACAUCGGCGUCGGAAUCGGCGGUGGCGCCCGUCAAGUUGCCAAUGUUCGUACAAGUUUCUUCCAUUUUUCUGAACAUUUUCCAGCGAGAAAAGUGAUGAAUUAUUGUUGGUUUUAAAUAUCAUAGUCGUAUCGAAAAAAGUGCCUCAAAGAGAUCUUUGUAGAUUUCGUUUCAUUCCAUUUCUUCCAGUCGAAAAAGGAAUCUUUCUCAUAAAUCCAUAAAAAAAAAGUUAUCUGCGAGCCUUCCGAAUGAACUGGAGCCAAACUGAACUGAGCUUUUUCUUCCAAGCUCGGCAGAAAUUAGAUGAAACUUUAGCCAUCUUAGGAAGAGAAAAUCUAUUUUGGUCUCGUUGAGAAUCAUUUCUACUGACACUUUUGAGAACCGCAAUGAAUCCAUAAUUGAUUUGCUGUUCCGAAAUAAGUUCUGAAUGAGUCUUAUUCAUUAAUUUUGUCAAAGAAAAGUUAUCUCCUGUCCAAUUUCAAUUCUUCAGAACGUAUUUAGGAGUUUGGAGUGCACGUGAAAGGCAUCGACCUGUCGUCGAACAUGCUGGCCGUCGCUUUGGAGCGAGUUCAGAAGGAGAAGGACGCUCGCGUCAGGUUAUUCCUCUCACCAACUCUGCUUUUCACCGUUUCUUUCAUAGAUAUUCGAUCACUGACGCGCUGGUGUACAAGUUCGUGCCGAAUUCGUUCGACUACGUCUUCUCUCGCGAUUGCAUCCAGCAUAUUCCCGACACGGAACUCCUCUUUUCCAGGAUCUAUGUUUCGAAUAACCUUUCUUUUUGUGGUAUACGAAAGUUUUGUCCUAGGAUUCCUUGAAACCCGGCGGCAAGGUGUUGAUCACCAUGUAUGGUUGUGGCUACGGAGAGCUCAGCGAGAAGUUCAAGGUUUUUUUUCCUGGCAGAAAGGCUUUUUUUACGGCUGUGGUUCACAGGCUUACGUCGCCCAGAGACACUAUUUCCUGAAGAAUCUGAAGCAGAUUGAAGAAGUCUGUGGGAAAAUAUUGAAGUCAAUUUCAGUCUCAUUUGACAGAUCGCCAAGAAGACUGGGUUCACCAACAUUUACACGGAGAAUCUGACGGGAAGGUUCAAGGAGAUCCUGGGAGAGGAGCGGUCCCGCGUCGAGGACAACAAGGAGGAGUUCCUUUCCGUCAGUUUUAGAUGUGUUUUGAAAACCAAGCUGCUCAAAUAAAAAUUGAAUAAAAAACAGGUUUGAACUGUCAGUUCCAAAAUAACUUUCCCAUUGAUGUGAUAACGUUCAUGUUGGCUCAAAGAUAUCAUUUUUUUUUUUCUCAUUUUUCCUUUCUGUCUUUAAAUGGCAGAUUUUGAAAACGAAAACUAGUUUCAUUUAGAUUUACUUCAGUUCAAUUUGAAAGAUUUUUGCAGAAGUUCUCGCAAAAAGAAUACGACUCGCUGGUCCGUGGUUGGGGCGACAAACUCGGCUACAUCGCCGACGACAACCACAACUGGAACCUUUUCCUCGCCGAGAAACCAUUCUAG